AAAUACACAGGUUAAUAGCUAGGACACACUCCAGCACAUAAAUACCCCGGUAGACGAUAUCUGUUCCACGUACAAACAGAACAUAGCGAUUAAAUCACUACAAAACGAAACUGGUCAACAUGGAGAAAAAACCGCUACCAGAGCCUGUAAAUCCACAAGAAAAGGAGCGAGCUUUGUCCUCCAUCAAGAUGAUGUCUGCUGUGGCCCUUUUUCUGGGGAUCGGCAGUGUUACCGUUGGCAUUCUCUCGCUUGCUUACCUCGGCGGAGCUAAGUAUCCCGUUACCGCUUUAACCGGGAUCUGGUAUGGAAUGAGUCCGAUAGCGUUUGGGUUAUUAGGAUUUUUUGCCGCUAUGUCAAGUGACGAGACAACACAGAAAAAACUGCUGAAUGGACACUACGUCACAAGCAUUAUCAUCAUGUCGAUGGGGUAUGCCUGGGCUGCUGCUAUACAGGGAGUGGUGGUGUGUGGUGGUGGUGGUGGGGAGGAAAAGUGUGGAGACAAUGCGGAGAUACAGACCGCUCUUCAUGGAGUUUUAAUCGGUAUCAUUGCCGUGGUAUAUAUAAUAGGUGUGUGGUCGCUGUCGCUACAUGCUAUCAGAAGAAAGGUGCUGCAUCCGGAGUGGAAUUAUCGCAGAGGCUGUUGUUGGUUCAACAAAUGAAGACCCACAGAAGAGUCGGAAUGGUUGAAGUCUAUUUCAUACAUUCAGGGAAUAUUUACUGCAAAGUAAAUGUACACACUGUGAUAAUCCAUGCUACAAAUACUGAUUCAGUAACGUUUUGAAGCAGCAUCAUCAUGUGUGUGUAUGUCGGGCAACUGGGCAAUAUGAGUUAUUGCCUAGCUUCAUUUUACACAGUCAUUGUGAUAAUGCCACCAGAUGCUAAAAUAAAAUAUAGAUCAUGCUAAUUCAGUAACUUAUUGACCAGCAUCAGCAUGUGUAUGUAUAUCAGGCAACUGGACAAAACGAGACAUUGGAAGUGUAUGUGUGUGUAUGCGUGCACUUGUGCGUAUGUUGUGUGUGUGUGUGAGAGACUGUUUUCAUCGUUAUGUUUAUGGUUUGGCUUAUCAUUGAUAGAAUAAACCGAAAUUUUUAUUUUGACACAAAA